UAUUUUCAAAGGUUAUAUCGAAACCCUAGGUUGAUCGCUUUGAAAUCUUCCAAAAAUGGCUGAAAUUUCUAGAAAGAUUGAUGUAGACAAGCUGAUUUCAUACAGCGAUGAUCUAGUUCAGUUGUUAAAGGACGAAAAAGACAUCAACGAUUUGAAUCAUUGCGUUGAAAAAACCGACGCACUCCGGUCUCGUUGCCGUUCAGAUCAUGCCGUAGUUCAGAGCUCACUUGAAGAUUAUAUAAAAAAGAUAGACCUAUGCAAGCAAAAAACAGAAGCUGCAAGGGCCGAAGUUGCUUCAGAUGCAGAGGUUGAUUUGCUUCAAAAAGAAUUGGAUGAGGAGCUUCAAAAAGAGACGUUGCUUCAAGAGGAGCUUAGAGCCAUAACCAAUCAAAUUAAAGAUCUUGAAGAGCAAAGGAGUACCAUUGAAGAGAGAAGGCAGGUUCUAAAGAAGCUCAAACAAGAUGAAGUAAAAGCACAAAUGACGCUUUCAAUGUAUGCAUCUGUAACAAGAAUCAUCCCAGACUUGAAUGAUAAGUCCAAGAUAUCUGGGCAUAUCGUUGAUAAAGAGAAGAAAAUGGUUGAAAAAUUAGAGGUGAAUUCCGAGGAGAUGGGUGAUUUUGAUGCAUGUAAUGCAAGCUGGAAGAUGGUAACUUGACGAUAAAAGAUUGAGAAGAUCUGGAUUAUGUAUCAUUAACAGUGCUAGUGGAAGUAAGCGUUGACAGGUAAUUUUGUUGGCCGACAUGGUGUCUUUGACUAUCAUAUCAUGUGGAACAAAAGAUUAGUUCAAGAUAGUAGUCGUGGAUCUCAUCAAUAUUUUAGGUUGUAUUUUUUUCCUUGCACAAGCUGGGGGUCUUCAUAGAAGCAGCCGCUCUAUCCUACUUGGUAAGAUGUUAGGUCUACGUUCAUUUCACCCCUGCCAAACCCUACUUUCGUGUGGGUUUUACUGGGUCGAUUUGGUUUGGUUUGGUUUUUUUUUUCUUGGAUGGAAGUUGUAUCAUUUUGUUUACUUCUAAGUUGCUAAAAUGGUUUGAUAAGAGGAUUGAUGUAAUGAACCCUUGU